CAGGGAUGCUUCACGAUGAACUUGGCACGUACAAAUACUCGUUCGCCCUCGCCGGAGUGUUCUUCAUCAUCGCCGUCAUCCUGGUCGUGAUCGUGCGGAUAAUGAACAUCACCAUGAGCAGCAAGCGGUCCUCGACGACGACCACCCCGGCUAAACCCCUGCUUUCUGCCAAAACCAUCACGUCCAUCAUCGCCACUUCAGUCAACAACUUGACCCGAGUGGCCUCAUCUGCGAAUAGACUGAGUUCCCAGCAGCAGCUGCAGCAGCAGGACGACGAAGUGGCGGUUGUUGUGAGGACGCUGACGCAGGCCAAGGACGUGAGCAGCUCUUCGUCGACGGACUUUGCGGGACUGCAACCCGUCUGGAUUGCCGGGGGUGAUGACGAGGGCAUCCAGUUGCCCAGGCUGGAGCUGAUCCAGGUGCAUGCAGAGAAUGAUGCUAACAGCCUGCACCAGAUGGAGCUGACAGAGACAACAUCCAUCACUGAUGGAGCAAGUGUGACCCUGAAGCCCAAUCCAUCAGACGCUGCUCAUCAUCUUCCAAACUCUCAAGGACCUUCUCGGCUUUCGUUUGUUGAAUCAAACCACGAAGAACCCUUGACAGCACAAGAGGUUUAUGCCGAGAUUGCAGCUGAAGGUGUCCCGAUUCUGGAACCAGAAAAGGCGCCUAUCCCAUUGGAAGAGGAAGAAGAAGAUGAAGAGGAACUGGCUCUUGGGCCAGAUGAAAUCGAGCAGUUGUUGGAGCCAGAGGAAUUCCCAGGCAGCUGCACCAUUACUCCAAUGCCUGCUAGUCCCAUGCCCAUGUCAUCCUACCCUGGGUCCCACAGGGACUCUUGGGUGCCGGGUGACGAAACCUCGAGGACCCCAGUGCCAGAGGUUGUCAUCUGCGAUCCUUGGACUGCGACUCCUCCUGUCUUGAGUCUGAGUCCACCAUCAAACAGCCUUGGCAUGGACUUGAGCCCUGCGUGGACCUUGAGGCAUGAUGACCUGAACACUGCUUUGCAGGGGCAUCAUCAAAGGGAGGAGGAGGCCUGGGAACCAGAACAGGCUCCUCUUCUUGCAGAAGCAAAAAUCAAAGACUCGUCGUCAUCCGAGCUGGCGGACCUGGAAAUCGCAGACAGCAAUAGCCAGUGGCCCAGCAGUGCUUCGGACGACUGCACCUUGAGCUACAUUCCUCUGCAAAGCAUCGACGACCCGAUUUCAGAGAGUUCCGACGACUCCAACUUCUUGGAAUCAAAUCAAAGCACUAUUCAAAGUUGCAUCAGUGAGGCUGACAUGGACUUGCGCAGUCUCAGGCGUCUCGGCAUCGACGUCAAGCAGCAUACAAACAACUCAAGCAACAACAACUGAAUAAGACCUAAAUACAUCGCGCAAAAAAAGGAAGAAAAAAGAAGAACAAUUUUGGGUGACUUAUUGUGCAAAAUUUGUUUCAAGUUUUUUUUUUUUUGGUCUCCUCAUCGAGAGGAAAUGACGAGAAAAAAGUUUUUGUGUUGAUGUGAAAAAAAUACCCCGAAGGUGCUGAACCUUUUUGUUCUCUCAUCAGCCUCAGCAUUUAUAUAAUGACUAAAUUUCCAUCUGCAGAAUAAUAAUUACCAUAAUUAACUUGAAUACCCUAUGUUUUUUUAAUUUCUCCCUAGCUUUCUGGAAUAUAUAAGGGGUUGAAAACAAUUUCCCUGUGGAAGUUCAAUUUCUUGGGUCAAUGUCACUCGAUUCCCUUGUGGCUAUAGUAUAUUGGGGUUUCAAGAAAAAGCUUUCAUGACAUUCAAUUUCUUUUUUUUUCUUUUUUUAAAUCGACUUGAUUCUGGGGACUAACUUCAAAGACAAAAUUUUCUUGCGUUUGUGGCAUAUCGAAUUAAGAUUAAUUUUUCUUUGUGCGAACAAAACCUGUGUUGAAAGGUGGACUUGGAUCUCUGCCAAACUGUGGGAGAUAUGGAAACAAAACAAAAAAACUUUCUCGGUGAAAUUAUAGGACCUUGUGCUUCAGCAAAGAAAAAAAAAGAGAGAUUCCGAGAGUCAAAGAAAUAUGUAGUGUGAUGGAAGCAGAAUUUAGUGAGUACAAAAAAAACGAACGAAGUCAGGGCAGGUAAAUAAAGUUUUUUGAAACCCAUGUGGAAUGGGUUUCGUAUAUUGAUGAUGGCCGACAUGUUGAUGAGUGGCUUUAACCUAAGAAAAGAAAAAAAACAGAGUCCCUCAUCGGAAUUUGAAUGUGAUUGUGGCCUAUUUUCUCCUCCCAUAGCCAAACAAAAAAAAAAUGAAGAAAAAAGUCACCCCCCUGAAGCAAUAUCUUCUGCGUUCCAAGAAUGUUCUUAUUUUUCAUUUUGGUGCACUGCUUUAACUCAACCAGCACUAGAAUGUUUUGGAAUUCGAAGACGAAGGGAACUCAUGAUGAAGGGGGUUGAAUUGUUUCCUGUGGUUUGUUUCCAAAUUUUGGGGGAGAGCAUUUUGAAGCAGUUGGGAGGAAGAAAAAAAAAAAGGGGGAAUCCGGUGAUGAAUGAAUGCGUCUCUCUCUCGUCUCUUCUCAAUGUGAUGAACUGAGUGCAGAAACCGGUGUUUUGUUGAGUGAUUGCGAAGGUUUCUCCAUAAUAAACUUGGAACAUUCUUCAGGAAA